AUGGUCACGAACGGCGACACGGCGGCUGCCAUGCAGCAGCGUAAAACAUUUUUCUUCGACAUUGACAACUGCUUGUAUCCAAAGUCGUAUCGGAUACACAACAUCAUGGGAGAUUUGAUCGAUAAAUACUUCGAGUCACACCUUUCCCUCCCAAGAGAAGAGGCCACAAGACUACAUCAACAGUACUACAAAGACUAUGGCUUGGCAAUCGAAGGCCUUGUUCGCCACCAUCAAGUGGAUCCUCUGGAGUACAACAAACAAGUAGACGAUGCUUUGCCACUGGAAGACAUUAUCAAACCGAACCCUGCUCUUCGCAAGAUGCUCGAGGAUAUCGACAGAGAGAAGAUCAAGCCGUGGUUGUUCACAAACGCAUAUGUCACACAUGGGGAAAAAGUUGUCAAGCUACUGGGAAUCGACGAUCUUUUUGAAGGCAUUACCUAUUGUGACUACGCUGCGGAGCGACUUCUAUGCAAACCAGAUCCGGAAAUGUUUGCCAAGGCUAUGCGAGAGUCUGGUAGUACGGAUGUGUCUCAGUGCUACUUUGUAGACGACUCAGGUCUCAACAUUGUAGGCGGCAAGGCUUAUGGAUGGACGACCGUUCACCUUGUUGAACCAAGUUCCGAAUCGCCUCCAGAACACCUCGGUCACUACCAAAUCACAAACAUCUUGGAUAUACGAGACACGUUUCCCGAAAUCUUCAAGUCUUCAUGA